AUGGAGAGAGCACUGAAUAGCACCGGACGACCGAUCGUUUAUUCGUGCAGUUGGCCAGCUUACAUGAUCGAUCAGCCGCAAAAAGUCGACUAUAGGCAGAUCGCAAGAAGUUGCAAUCUAUGGCGUAACUUUGACGACAUCAAUAGCUCAUGGAAAUCGAUAUUAAGCAUUAUCGAUUACUACGAUCAUAAUCAGGAUAAACACAUACCUACACAUGGUCCUGGACAUUGGCAUGAUCCGGAUAUGCAUGGCUAUCGCCCAGAUGACAAUUUGGUAAGUUCAAGUAUAUACUUUUCACUCCCUCCACGUUCUCGCACAGUUCCGAUGUUCCUCAUUCCUGAUUAUUCUUUUCUUUUCCUGAGCUUACCAAUUAACCAUUUUAUGUCAAUCUGGUCAGCACCACUGAUCAUGUCCAACGACCUUCGCGUGAUUGCUCCCGAAUUCCAACGAAUUCUUCUCAACCGCGAUGUGAUCGCUAUCAACCAAGAUCCGAUGGGUCGAAUGGGUCGGCUUGUGGCGAAUGUGAGUCCAGUUAAAUUCAUGGAUAUUGCUUAA